UGAAAAGCGAUUGACGCUAAAGUUUAAAGUUUACUUUUAUCGCUAAUCAUCUGAAAUUAAGUAAUAUAAUAUCACUAGUGAAAAAGGCCUUUAUAGGGGUAAGGCUCGCAACCUUUUAAAUUGACAAGAUUGUACAGCAUUCACAUCUUGAUAUACAAGAUGUAUUUGUACAACCUGACCCUACAGCGUGCAUCAGGCAUCACCCAUGCCGUUCAUGGUAAUUUUUCUGGGACACGCACACAGGAACUAGUGGUGUCUCGAGGAAGAUCAUUGGAACUUUUGAGACCUGAUCCGAAUACUGGGAAGGUGCACACCAUUUUAACAACAGACAUAUUUGGUGUUAUUCGUUCAUUGAUGGCAUUCAGAUUGACUGGUGGAAAUAAAGAUUAUGUUGUGGUAGGAUCUGACUCUGGCAGAAUCACCAUUCUAGAAUAUAGUCAGGCUAAAAACCAGUUUGAGCGCAUCCACAUGGAAACAUUUGGUAAAAGUGGUUGCAGACGCAUUGUACCUGGCCAGUAUCUUGCAAUUGACCCAAAGGGCAGGGCAGUAAUGAUUGGUGCUGUUGAAAAGCAGAAAUUGGUGUACAUUCUCAACCGUGAUGCAGCAGCAAGACUGACAAUCUCCUCUCCAUUGGAAGCACACAAAAGCAACACACUUGUAUAUCACAUGGUAGGAGUGGAUGUUGGUUUUGAAAAUCCACUCUUUGCCUGUCUGGAGAUUGAUUAUGAGGAAGCAGACACUGACCCUACAGGAGAAGCUGUACACAGAACUCAGCAAACUCUAACAUUUUAUGAACUGGAUCUAGGACUCAACCAUGUGGUCAGGAAGUACCAUGAGCCCCUUGAAGAACAUGCGAACUUCCUCAUAUCAGUACCAGGUGGUAAUGAUGGACCAUCUGGUGUCUUAGUUUGUUCAGAAAACUACUUAACCUACAAGAAUCUGGGAGAUCAACCUGACAUCAGAUGUCCCAUUCCCAGGAGAAGAAAUGAUCUUGAUGAUCCAGAGCGAGGAAUGAUCUUCAUUUGCGCAGCCACUCAUAAGACACGCUCGAUGUUCUUCUUCUUGGCACAGACAGAGCAAGGAGACAUCUUCAAGAUAACAUUGGAAACAGAUGAAGAUGUUGUGACAGAGAUCAAGUUGAAGUACUUUGACACAGUACCACCUGCAACGGCAAUGUGUGUUCUCAAGACUGGGUUUCUUUUUGUUGCCUCAGAAUUUGGAAAUCACUAUCUGUACCAGAUUGCUCAUUUGGGUGAUGAUGAUGAUGAACCAGAGUUCAGUUCAGCUAUGCCACUUGAAGAAGGAGAUACAUUCUUCUAUGCACCACGACAGUUGCAAAACCUUGUGCUUGUUGAUGAACUUGACUCACUUUCUCCUAUUAUGGCUUGUCAGAUUGCUGAUUUAGCAAAUGAAGAUACACCACAGCUGUAUACUGUGUGUGGCAGGGGCCCAAGGUCAUCACUUCGUGUACUGCGUCAUGGUCUGGAAAAUGAAUCGGUGAAGAUGCAAACCAUAAGUAAAGGAAUGACAAUUCACCAUUGUGAAGAAGUCAUUGGAAUGUUGAUAAGGACUUUGCCAGGCAAAACCAUUCAUAGUGUAAUGACAGUUUACCACCUUUGUAUAUAAUAAUGUCUAUUUAAAGAACAGUGUAUUUGAAGUGUCAUGUAUGCAUGUUGUUUUAGUAAUAAUUAAUGUGAAGACAGUGUAACCUGAAUUUUAUAUGAAACAGAAAAACUAUUUUUGUAUUUGCUUUAUUGAAGGAAGGCAUAAGAAGAGAAUUGGAAAUGUAGUGAAAGGAGAGGGUAGAAUUGUGAAAACAACAUCAAAUUUGUCAGUAAAAUUAACUUUAUUAUAUCAUUCCAUUCUAAAUUUAUAUUCUUAUAUAAUUGAAUGUGUUGAUAUUUUUUCCAUUUGUAAAUUUAAUAAACACUUAUUUCACAA